AUGUUCGGAAGGCUUAGCAACGGGAAGUGGUUUGAUGUGGAGGCCUUGUUACGGAGUGAAUAUGGACGGAUAGAUCUGAUGGUUCUUCAAUUACUUUCACACGCCGCGUCUGUUGUGAUUGGAGCACUUUAUCCGGCUUUCAAAACUUUCAAAGUUAUUCGUGAAGGCGAUUUUCUACAAAUGAAGCGAUGGCUGAAGUACUGGACGGUUUAUGCAGGCUUUCUAGCAGCCGAUACUAUUGGUGAUCUACUCCUUUUGCCGUAUAUUGUGCCUGGUUAUUUGCUGAUGAAGAUGAGCUUCUUGCUCUGGACAGCAUCAUCAUGGACGGACGGUGCUUCAAUCGUUCAUCAGAAAUUAAUCGCUCCACUAUUGACAGCAUAUGAACGGGACAUUGAUGAGAUGCUAGACAAUAUGGGACGUUCAGUGCAACGGCAGGCAUCGAGAUUAGGAAAUGGAGCACUCGAUAAAGCACGUGUCGGAUUAUUGUCACUUGCAACAACGGAGAGUUCGCCUGCUGGUCAGUCAUUACUCACCGGUCGAUACGCUCCAAUAAUAGUCGGAGUAGAAGAACAAGCAGAAGAGGAUAUUAUCCAAGUAGUUGAUGAAGAAACAAACAUUAAGAGAGAGAUAGAGGAAAGUGAAACAUCAAAUCGCUUUCAAGAACACGGCACGAAUUCUGACAGUGUCAGCAUUGUUAAGAAAGGACGAAGACGAUCGCAAAAAAAUAAAAGAACGGAAGGAGAUAGAACAAAUCGGUCUCAGCGAACAAGGCGCGUUACAGCAAAUCGUAGUAUGUCUCGUGGACGAUAA